AACCCAAUUGAGCUCUGUUUCAGCAUGAUGAAGGCCUGGAUGAAGCGCAAUAACAACGACCCUGACGCCCGUCUCGACCCUGCCUCAUUUGUUCGUAAAGCGAUCGACUAUAUCAAUACAGAUCUCGAAAAGAUCCGCAAUUUGUACACGGGCUGUGGUUAUGCGCUGACCGGCAUGGAUUUGCGCCAAUAUGUUGAUAACAACCGUGAAAUGGCCGCUCGAGCGGCUGAGCGGGU